CAAUCAGCGGAACGGGGCGUGGUUCUAUUACGGCAAAAACCUCAUAGCGCGUCGCUUGGGGGCGUGGCUUAUCAGCCCCGUUGCUCCCUGGGAAAAAAACAAACAUGGCGACUUCCUUGAGAAGCGAGUGACCUGUGUAUGUGCUGGAGGUUGUGUGACUGAUCAACUGUAUACAUUUUGUUGUCAUUUAAGAUGUGGGCUGUGACCCGGCUGCUGUGGGGGAGCGGCCCCCUCGUGUCUCAGGCGUCCCGCUCAUUUUCUCUUGGGAGCUGCAGUCGUGCCCGGAGUUGCAUGCCGCAACCGAAGAAUGUAGAUCGCUGGAACGAAAAGAGAGUGCAGUUUGGUGUUUAUGAUAAUAUCGGAAUUUUGGGUGACUUUAAAGCCCAUCCCAAGCAGUUGAUCGUGGGCCCCUUCUGGCUGCGGGGCUGGCGGGGGAACGAGCUGCAGAGAUGCAUUAGGAAGAAGAUGAUGAUCGGGAGUCGUAUGUUCUAUGACGAGAGGCAUAAACUCAACAAAAGGAUCAGCUUUCUGUACAGGAGGUUCAACCGCUACGGCAAACACCGCUGACACCGCCUCAUCUGCUGCGGACAAAAUAAAUUAUUACCGUUUC